AUGCCGCGACUUCGAUUCUCAACCUUGAGCAGAUAUGUGUUUAAUGGUCAAUUUUCUACACGAGGUUGUCUAAAAUAUCAAGCACGGACCAUCCCUAGAGCUGUUCAAACUUCUAUUCAGUCGACAGCCUUAUGGUCUUCCCAAAUCCGAGAUGUUCAUACGGAGUCUACUACUUCUCAUCUCUCCAAUAAUACGCUCUCUCCCGCUCAUAUUCCAUUAAGGAAACAGUUGAAAGACGAGGCCAAGAAGCAAAAGGCCCUCGGAAAGAAGAAGAAAAAGAACGCGAGCAACCAAGUAGUGGAUGGGUGGGAGUUGACCGUAGGAAUUGAGAUACAUGCUCAGUUAAAUACGGCAAAGAAACUCUUCUCGCCUGCAACUACGUCGUUUAAUGAUGACCCAAAUUCUCACGUUGCAUUCUUUGAUCUAGCCACGCCCGGUAGCCAGCCCAUCUUUCAAAAGGAGACUCUUAUACCAGCACUAAGGGCCGCUCUAGCGCUCGACUGUAACAUACAGAACGUAAGCAGGUUCGAUAGGAAACACUAUUUCCACUGGGAUCAGCCGUCAGGCUACCAGAUCACUCAGUACUAUGAACCGUUUGCGCGAGAUGGUAAGAUUUUACUACAAGCUAGAGAUGGAAUCGCAACAGAAGAUGGUGAUGGUGUCUUAGUUGGGAUUAAGCAGAUCCAGAUGGAGCAGGACACAGCCAAGACUCUAGCACAACCAGGUGAAGUGCAUUGGAUCGAUUUCAAUCGUGUUGGAAUGCCUUUGAUCGAGAUUAUUACUCUGCCCGAUAUUCACCACCCUGCUACUGCUGCUGCUUUGGUUAGGAAAGUUCAGGCAUUGCUUAACGCCGCCGAUUCCUGUGUCUCGGGUAUGGAGGCGGGUGGUCUACGCGCAGAUGUGAACGUCUCCGUUCGAAGAAGCGAUGAUCCCUCUGCGCCGCUCGGCCAGCGUACUGAAAUCAAGAAUCUAAGCAGCUUUAAGGCUGUCGAGGACGCUAUUAUCGCCGAGCGGGAUAGACAGAUUUCCGUUCUGGAGUCCGGUGGAAAAAUCGAGAGUGAGACUCGUGGCUGGUCGAUUGGGUCAACUGAGACUCGCCGACUACGUGGAAAAGAAGGCGAAGUUGACUAUAGGUAUAUGCCAGAUCCUGAUCUGGCACCUGUUAUUAUCGGUAACGAUCUGGUCAACCACCUGCGAGAGGGAAUGGGCGAACUCCCCGAUGCUGAAGUCGAUGAACUUAUUCAACGAUUUCAGCUUACUCCUAAAGAUGCACUUUCUAUGGUAGUGCUUGACGGAGGCAACCGAGUUGAAUAUUUCUGGAAUGUCGUCGAUCUCCUCACUAAACGAUUUGGACCAGAUGCCGCCUCUCCUAAAUAUCUAUCUGGUUACCAACUUGCUGCUAAUUGGAUCUUGCAUGAGUUAGGUCGCCUAACCUCGGGCCGUAGUGAAGAUGACGCCCAGGACUUAGGAUUUACAAAAGACGGUCAAUGUGAUCGUGUACCUGCCAGGCACCUUGCCGACAUCUUAUUAUAUUUAUAUCAACGCAAGAUAACUGCGAAAGUAGCCAAGGAACUUCUAUGGGCCGUUUUCCGCCGGAGGGUUCCAGAUGAAUAUGCCACGAUAAAUGCUGUCCUCGACGAGGAAAACCUAUGGUUUGAUGAACUUAACGAGGAUGAGUAUAUUCAGCUGGCAUUAAAUGCAGCGGAAGGACAAGAUGAAGUUGUUAAGCAGUUUAUAGAUUAUAAACAAUAUCCCCAAGGGAAGCUCAUGUUCCUAGUUGGUCGAAUGAUCUGGCUAGGCGCCGAGGAGAGAAUUGACCCAAAGGAAGCCGAGAGGGUCAUGAAGCGUGUACUAGAAGAAAGUCUAGUCCCAGCUAUUAUCAAUUGA